AAUCUUUUACUGGGGGAGAGGAGAUACAUUAUAAGCAGAUCGUCCAAUUCCUUAGCACCGUGUUGGAUAUUACAUACCGUAUGUGGUCGGCUAUGAACAGUUCCUGUACCGCACCUUCAAUGUUCUAACAUUCUCAAAUCUUCAGAGCUAACUUUGCAGGAACAGGAAGAAGUUAAGGUUAUACGCCUACAUAAGGAGGAACUGUUGGAGGACAUUGAGAAGCUGAAGAUGGAAAUUGCAGAAAUCAUUGCGGAGCUUGAGGACUUCAAUCACACAGAGGAGAGUGGUAAUGGACACAAGCGAUUCUGCAGAUGCUGGAAAUCCAGAGAUAUAUACACACCAGCUCCUGGAGGAACUCAGAGGAUCAGUCAGCAUCUAUGGAAUGGAAUACAUUGAAUUACACAGCCGACUUAAAAUCGCAGAAAGGAACAAGCUGAUGGCCACGGGCAGAAAGAAAUUCAACAUGGAUCCGAAAAAGGGUAUAGAAUUCCUGAUACAGAACAAAUUGUUGUGUCAGAAUGAAGAAAACAUUGCCAAGUUCCUGUACAAGGGGGAAGGAUUGCACAAAACUGCCAUUGGAGACUACCUUGGAGGCAGGGAACCUCUGAACAUCAGGAUUCUACAAACGUUUGUGGAACUGCAUGAGUUUUCUGACCUCAACCUUGUACAGGCACUAAGGCAGUUCCUGUGGAGUUUCCGGUUGCCAGGCGAAGCUCAGAAGAUCGACAGGAUGAUGGAAGCCUUCGCAACGCGAUAUUGUCAGUGCAAUCCAGACGUUUUCCAGUCCACCGAUACCUGUUAUGUGCUAUCGUUUGCAAUCAUUAUGUUGAACACAAGUCUACACAAUCCGAACGUUAAGGAGAAGCCGGCACUGGAAAGGUUUAUAGCAAUGAACCGUGGGAUCAACAAUGGUGGCGACCUUCCCCCAGAACUUCUCAAGAACCUGUACGAGAGCAUCAGGAAUGAGCCGUUUAAAAUCCCCGAGGAUGAUGGGAAUGACCUAACGCACACGUUUUUCAAUCCUGACCGGGAAGGAUGGCUUUCCAAACUGGGUGGACGAGUAAAAACGUGGAAACGCCGGUGGUUCAUUUUGACAGACAACUGCCUGUAUUACUUUGAGUACACAACUGAUAAAGAACCCAGAGGAAUUAUUCCAUUAGAAAAUUUGUGUGUGAAACCAAGUGAAGAUUCUCGAAAAUUGAACUGUUUUGAUUUGUAUUCACCAAACAGUAAGGGUCACACCAUAAAGGCCUGUAAAACAGACACAGAUGGACGUGUCGUUGAAGGAAAUCACCACUUUUACAGAAUAUCUGCACCUUCAAAGGAAGAAAGAGAUGCGUGGAUCAAAUCAAUCAGAGCCAGUAUUACUCGGGAUCCUUUCUACGACAUGGUGGCGGCAAGGAAAAGAAAGAUAACAAGCAACAAACUGAAUUAGAAGGACCUUUGUUCCUUUCCUCUGAACUGCAGCAAGGACAGUGAAAUAGCUUUCAGUUCCAUGUAGGUUACACAUAACUUUCAGCUAUUUCUUCUGUUCCAGUCGUUGGAGUAUGCAUACAUCCAUUUAGGUUGGUGCCUGCACCAUGAUCUUGAACUAUUUCCUGCACUCCGGGUAUUGGGAAAUAUACAAGUUCCUCCCUUACUUCGAUAUUCUGGAUUGUGAUUCACAGAGAAUUCCAUUCUUUUUUUUCACUCCAACUAUUCAGAUCAAUUUACCAAUCCAGAUAUUUGGACUACAUAUGUUAAUGAGUCAAGUCAUCAUUGAAACUCUCAGGAUUCGACAAUAUUUACAGACUCUGAACUGCACUAUUGCAAAGUAGAAAUUGAUAAUGCUGUCGUUUUUGGCCCCACUGAUGUCCUGUGGAUUAUUUCCUUAGCACUUUAUCAUUGUGCAUUGUAUAUUUAUUAACAUCAAUGUCAGAUUUCCUAGUCUGCAAAUGAUCAACAUUCAGCUCUUAGUAUUUGCUUAAAUAUAACUGAAGCACAUUUCAAAAUGUCCAAUAUAAGAACUAACAGAGAUAAAUGCAAGUUCUAUAGUUGCUGGAAAUCCAGAGCAACACCACAAAAUGUUGGAGGAACUACCUGCUGAGUUGUGUGUGUUACAGUAUAGUUGAGAUAAAUGAGGCUUCUUGAUGUGUGCUUCUGCAGUACUAAAGAACAUAGCAUUUCAACUCACUCUGUGAGGACAAAGAAAUUCAAAAUCAUAUGGUUUUUUUUUGUUGAACAUACGACUGAGUGACUAAUGCUUUGUAUUGGGUAUGUGGUUGGUUUAAACAACGGCAAGUACUGAAGUGUGUCAAGGAUAGAAAACUAAUAGCGUUCUCUCCUCUCAGAUUCCAUCUUCUUCAGUCAUUUACCUCUUCCACUAAUCACAUCCCAGCUCCUUACUUCACCACCCCCUCCCCACCCACCCAUCCUCCUCUUCACCUAUGACCUUUCAGCUUGAACUCCUCUCCUUCUUCCCACCUUCUUAUUCUGGCUUCUGCCCCUUCCUAUCCAGUCCUGACGAAGGGCCUCAGCCCGAAAUAUUGACGAUCUACUUCCCUCCAUAGGGUUCGGAUGACUGCCUGACUUGCUGAGCCUCCAACAUUUUGUGUGUGUUACUCAGUGUAUCAGUCUCUAGAGCUUUAAGUUCAGCCACCGUGCUCGGAUUCUGGAUGGUCAAUAAUGAUGGAGCAUUUUUGUGCCUUCCUGUGUUCUGUCUGUCCUAAUUGCUUGAAAAGUGCAGUUUCUUGCUGGGCCAUUCAGUUGAAGACCUCAUUCCUCUGGAGGUAUCUGAGAUGAUAAGAGACAUAGAUCAAGUGGACAGUCUGAGACAUAGUCCCACAGCAGAAAUGUCUAAUAUGAGGGGCGUAAUUUUAAGAUAGUUGUGGGAAAGUAUAGGAGGGGCCAUCAGAGAUCAUUUUUUUUACAGAGUGGUGGGUGUGUGAAAUUGCCAGGGCUGGUGGUAGGAACAUUGAAGAAACUCUUAAAUUGGCCCAUGGACAGAAAAGUAGAAGGCGAUGUAGGAGGGAAGAUUAGAUUGGUCUUAGUGCGAUCACUUGAGUUGAGUAUGAUGUUCUCCUGAGAGGAUAUUCCCUUAACGGAGAAUUCCUGUGUGUGACUUUGUUUAACAUGAGGAGGCUGACACAUGGACUGCUACCACAUGUCCUUGAUAAAUCAGGGUCAGAGUUCAGUGGUACAGAGUGCAAGAUGACUGGGGACCCUUCACUGCUGCAGACUUUCUCCACUGCCUUUGUGACAUGCCAUCAUCUUCUGCCAACUUCACUGUUGAGGUCUAGUUUAGGUUGCUCUUUGGUCUGGAUCCUCCCCCUUGACCUUACCCCCAUGGGUGACCCUACCAGGAGCUAAGAUCCAGACGGCAUGGCUCUCAGAAAACUCCAUCAUAACUAGGUAGUGAUCCUCAGAGGAGAUCUUAGAUCAAAAGGUCAGCACAAUAUGGCGGCUGAAGGGACUGUACUUCUAAGUCAUUCAAUGUUGACAACAAUGUGGGGAGAUAGAAGAAAGAGAGUUGCAACAGGAUUCUGUUGCAUGGAUGACACAAUAGCAUAGUGGAUGCUUUACAGUACAGCGUCCCGGGUUCAUUUCUCGCCACUGCCUGUAAGGAGUUUGAAUGUUCUCCCCAUUAUCGUGUGGGUUUCCUCUAAAAUUUAGACCUUUGUCAGCACAACCAAAAUUUCCAUAUGCGGUUACUACCUUUAUAACUCCCCUUCCUCAGCCGAUGAUAAAUAGCAAACCUUCCAUAAUCUCCUGGUUGUGAAAGAGGCUGUAAAGUUGUGGAUCAAAUUCAAAGGUAUUUCUGAUACUCUUCCUGUUACGGCUGCAUUCUAUCAUCUUCUCCAGAUUAGGAGAUUGUGGCUGUGUGUAUAGACUCAGUGGCCACUUUAAUAGGUACACCUGUACAUCUAUGCAAAUAUCUAACCAGCCAAUCAAGGCAGUAAAACAGUUGGGCAUGGAAUAGAUAGGCUAAUGGGCCAGUCUCUGCACUGUACACACCAAAUGCUGAAGGGAGUUGACAGGUCCGGCAGCAAUGAAUAAACAGUCAGCAGUUUGGACCAAGACCCCUUAUCAGGACCUAUCGACUGUUUAUUCCCCUCUAUAGAAGCUGCCCGACUUGCUGAUCUCAUCCAGCAUUUUGUGUGUGUUGCUCAAAAAGUUAGGUUCUAGCAAUUUUAUUGCUAGGCUCUUUGUAUUAGCAAAAAUGUAAGAUAAUACCAUGUUAGUGACCAAGUAUUUUAAUUGUUUUAUUUUAGUCCUGUAAAAUUAUAAAUUUUAAUAAUUAUAAUUAAUAUUUAAUUAUAGUACUGUAGCCAUAAAAAAACCCAACAAAUUUCAUGACAUACGUGCUGCCUGACCUGUUGUUACUAAUAUGGAUCUCUAUCAUGGACUGAGAGUGGGAAAGGGGCAGACAGAGUGGAAUCAUGGUUGGGAGAAGAGAAAGGGAGAGACAAUCUAUAAUGAUCAGUAAACCAAUUGUUUGGAAUUAAGUGACCUGGCCUGUUGUCUUGGGGCUGGGUGUGUCUACACCCGUGCCACACCCCACCCUAACACUCCUCUGCCACCUGUCCCACAGCCCUCCCGCGACACUCCACCCUCACCAUUCCCAACAUCCUUUGCUCUUGCCAGAUUUACAUACUUGUUCUCUGCUCCACAUUGACAAAAGUCUUGAGCACCCUAACUAUAUAUAUGAGCCUAAAACAUUUGCACAGUACUGUAUUUUAAUCCUGAUGAAGAGCCUCAUUCCCAAACACUGACCAUUUAAUCCUCUCCAUAGAUGUUGCCUGACCUGCUGAGAUCCCUCAGCAUUUGUUUUAAUUGCUUCAGUGUACUUUGGGAAGCUCAGUCAAGGGUUUGUAUAUUACUGCUUCGGUCACUGCUAAGUGACGAUGUCAUGAGCAAUACGAGUCUCAAUCCAAUGUGGAACUAGGGGCAAAAUCCCAGUUAAAUACUUGGGCAUUGAGCCAAGUUGAGAACUAACUUCAUUACUUAAAGGGUUCUACAUCUUUGCAGUUCUUUAGCACAAAGGGAUACUUUUCCAUAUUUAUUAUUCCAUAUUGAUUUAUGCUUGCACAUGAAUGGAACGCAGCAAAAUUAUCAGAGUCAAGGCCAACAUUAUUUGCACAAUGCCAGCGAAGGCUCAAACACAAGACUCACUUCAGCCUCAAUUCCUUGUAUUCCUAGCCAAACAGCUUUUAAGAAAGCCUUAAAAAAUGACAAGUUUCAAUGAAAUUUGAGUAUCUUUAUUCACAUUGAUGGGGACAGGUUCAACAUCUUGACUGAGAAAGUAAUUUUACUUUGUUAUGAUACUUCUAAUUAUGAAAUAUUUAAAUUCUUUAUGUAUUUUGAACACAGAUUAUUGAUGAAACUGAUUUUGCAGAAAGCUCUUAUUGCUGUAAAUAAAUUAAUAGAUUUAUAUUUUACAAACACAA